AUGGCAGCCAGUGAGGCUACCCUCUCGGCAGAGCUUAAGGCUCUGGUUAAGCAGCAUGAGGCAUACAAAAUCAAAGCAGCAGAGGAACAGCAACUCGUCGAGAAACUCCUGGGACUAUUACAACAAAAGGAACAGUCACUCGAGAACCUCAAAUCCGACCUCGACGACCAAACUGAAAGCCGUCGCCGCUGGCAGAAGCGUGCGACUGACGCCGAAUCGCGUACUACAAGUGUCCAGCACCUCCUCGUCCUCGUCGACGGCAACCAGCAUUUCUUUCAGCCUGGGCUGAUAAGAGCAGGGACCCCGGGCGCAAAAGAGGCUGUCGAUACCCUGCUGGCCGAGGUAAAGGAGUUCGCCAGACAGCAACACAAGAAUGACCUCCCCGAGACGAUCUCGGUGGUAGUGCACAUUUUCUCUGACAUUGGCAGACUUGCCCAGGACCUCGCUGCGGCAAACCUCCUGCCAGAUCCGGACAGAUUGUGGACCUUUGUUCAGGAUGCCUGCAAGAUUGAGCCGUGUAUCACCAUCAGUGACUGUGGUGCCGCGCACGACGCCGUGGAUGCCAAAAUGAAGCAAUUCUACGAGUUGUACAUCGAGAACUGUCAUUGCAGACACAUAUUCCUAGCACUAGGCGAAGAGUCCGAGUAUUACAACAUUCUGCAGUUGUACAGCGAGGACGAUUACACCAAAGCAAAGACCUCCCUGGUGGAACCCGCACAGGGCUUUCCUGCAGGGAUCAACGUCCCUUUCCACAUUGUCAGCUUGUCCACGCUUGUCAGUGUUCCCAGAAAGGAGUCCUUUUCGGGAGAGAUCACGGCAAACAUCAACGGACGGUCGUCGGCUCCUCAAUGGGAAGACAAAGUCGAAUAUGAGGUUGCUGCCCCAGCCACCUCGGAGCUCAAGUCCGUCCAAACGGUUUCUCCAACAACUGCCCGCCAUGAACCCAAGGUCUCGUCAUCUUCCUCGGACACUCACCGCUCAAAGGGACCAGAGGAAAAUGGACUUGACCCUUCUCCUGAGCAAUGGAAGGAAACAACCCCUGCGCGAAACGAGCCGAAUGGCAUCAUUGCAGAUGAUGCUGCACGCGAGUCCAGCUCCGCCGGUGUUGUAAAACUUGAACCUUCCACUCAUUCAUCUUCAAAUUCGAACAAGACCGCGGAACAAAGCUGGGAGACAACUCCCUCUGCUAACACUUACGUCCCGCCCCCAUUUGAAGGGGCCUGGGGUGACGAGGAAGCAGGAGUGGAUGGAGUGCCCGGGAGGCAAGAACAUCCCCAGCAUAAUGGUACCUGGACUUCUGAUCCUGCAGGUUCCUACCGUGGCUUCAACAAAAAUAAACAAGCCCAGAAGCCGGCAUGGCGUCAGGAACGUCCUGCUGGUUUUCCUGCGCGCCGACCGAGGCGAGUCCCUCAACAAUUUGAGGGCUCAUGGGACGACAUGACUCAGGGAGACGAGCCUCAGUCACAACCGUCGAUUCACGAAUCCUCCCCAUCACUAGCCUCGGCGUCCGUGCCAGCGUCAGCACCAAAUGCAGUGAGCAAUCCCAACCUCAAGUCGAAUGGUUUUAAGCCUUUGGCACCUGGGCAUGAGGGUCUAACGAAGCCAGAACCGUACCCAAAUGCCCGACCCAUCUGGUCUCCAAUCGCAUUGAACUAUCUCGACCAGCGCAUCGACUUGAAGCUGCCACGCCCUUCGCCUGGCGAUCAGGAACUCUUCGACCUGCGCUCGCGCAAUCGCAGACUGUGUAACGAACAUCACCUGCGGCUCAGUUGCAAUAAUACCUCUUGUCCAUAUGACCACGAGCCCAUCUCCGAUGGUGUAUACCUGGCUUUACGCCACAAAGCUCGCACCCUUCCAUGCAGCAUCGGUCCCGGUUGUCGACGUCACGAUUGUUUCGGCAGUCACCAUUGUCUGAAUAUAGUGAGCACCACAGGCUGCAGAAGACCGAGAUGCCCGUUUCAGGCUAGAAUGCACGAUACAACCGACCUCGUGAUUGUCAACAUGAUUGAGCCCCCACCGAAAGAAGUUAACUGA